AUGAAACAUCGCGAAGGAUCAAGGCAAGACGAACAAGCUGGCUUUCCUUCUCGCCGAUCUGCGUUCGAUGAGGCCGCCUUCGACUCCCUUCAUCGACGUCGCCUUUUCAACGGCGCUGAUGGAGUACCAGGAAAAGUAUGCGACAAUGAAGAUCCUUACGCGGAAAUCGGUGUGGUGUACCGGCGGAUGACACGUGGAAGAUAUGAAUAUCUUGCACCGCCAUCGAAAGUGGCUGCAGCAAACCGUCUUCGCUUCUUUGGUCAUAUAUUAGUGAAACCGGCAGAUCGCGUCGUUCAACGAGUUCUAAGGAGAUUGUCGGACUCAAGCUAA